AUGAAGAAGACGCAUACUGAGAAACCACAACCUGCUGUGGAGGAAGUUUCUAAAGAAAUUAUUCCUUCGAAGACUAGUUUUCUCAAACGUACCAAGAAGCCAGCCAAUAAACCUUGUGAUUCUCCAGUCAGGCCAUCUGUUCAAGAACCCGAAAUCGAGUUAGCUGAGCAAACACAGGUUGAUUCUUCGCAUACUCAUUCAUCUCAGAAGGGUAUCAAGAAGAUUAGAAAGCAUCAAUUCAACAGAAAAGGUGUGUUGUUUCGAGAAGUUUCGGUUCUUGUUUCUCCAGCUUCGAAGAAACGACAGACAUUUGAUAUGGAUCAUAAAUUAUAA